UUUCCAAGAUGGCAGUUUUGUUUUAGUUUUCGUCUGGAUUGGUUGCGUAUCGUAACAGUUAUCAAAGUGACAUGUAACAGUAAAUAACAGUAUCAUGCAUAAAAAGUUUAAUCGUGUCGUUGAAGAAUUAUUGUAUCAGAGUUACGUUGGGAUAAAGGAAAUUCUUGUCAUUUAUGUAAAACCGAGUACUUGAAGGUACCAUUAGGCAGCGAGUGACAUAAAUGCGCUCUGCGAUUAGUGUUAUUUUGUCGAGCCCGGUACCCGACAAUAAAAUGUCUCAUCCUGACUACGAGCAAACCGCUCACGACCACGCAGCUUUGCUUUUGCUGUUGAGACCGAUCGGUACGCAAAUCAAGCAGAAAACUGUUACUAGGUUAUGCGAGAGGAUCACUAAGGCAGGCAGCCGAUUUACCGUGGUCGAUUCGACCGGCGGUACGCGGGAAAUCCUUGCCAGAUUCGUCAAGGAGCAUCCCGUUGAAAACAACGACUGGGGUGACUUCCAAACACACAGAAAAUUACUGGGAUUGAUUACUUUCGGAAAAUACGAUAAUCAAGCAGAAUUAAACGAAUUAUGUAGAAUUCACGAAACCCUAAAAGUAAAGUACACCGCCACUCUGUACGAUUCCCGUGUCAUUCUUUUCGGUCCAACCGAAUCGAGUAACAAACACGAACCACCAGCUUCGUUCAGUACCCCGUCAAACUUUAAAACGCGUGCUGUAUUCUAUGGUGACGAGAUGUGUCCUGAUUUAGAGGUUCACACCAUGGAAUGUCUGAACUCUUUAUUCUGGAUUUUGGAGUCGAAAAGACUAGAGAGGUCCAAGGAGAAAAUAGACAGAGUUUCUCUUUUGUUAGCACCAUUCGAGAAAAAAGAUUUCAUAGGAUUGGACCUGGAGUCUAGAAACAAUAGAAAGAGAUGCGUCGGCCGUAUGACCAAGCAUCUAGGCGACUUAUGUUUACAAGCUGGACUUCCUGCGGAUGCUCUGAGCAAUUAUAAUAAUGCAGCCAGCACACUGCAAGCGGUCAACGAUUGGCUAUGGCUAGGAGCGGCGUUCGAAGGCUUGUGUGCAGCAUCUGCUCUGGUAUUGUAUCCAAAUAUGUGCAGAAGUCUUCCAUUACAAAGAAACUCUUCCCUUCAGGAAGGAAGUCCAGGUAAGCAAAGAAGGGGUUCACAGGCUGUUACUACAUUACCAUUGCCGCCCGCUAUAGAGGUGGUGAAAACUAAUAUGCCGCAUAUUUUGUUACCCGAGGAGAUGUCGAAAAAGUACCGUGAAGCAAUAGUUCACUAUAGCAAAUAUCAAUACGCUGGUAUAAUCGAAACGGAAGCCAGUUUUAAAGCCACGCGAAUCUCGAUAGAGCAAAACUGUACUUUGCAGGCUGCCUCGUAUUUAAGCAACGUUGUACUUAUAAAUUUACAGUUAAGCGAACAGGAAAAAAUCGAUCGAUUUACUACGUUAUCGGAUUUAUACAUGAGCUUUGGUUUCGUAAGAAAAGCAUCGUUUUGUUUAAGAUUGGCUGCAACGCGCCACGUAUCUCAAAAUAAUCCGAAUCCUGAUUGGCAACAGUGUUAUAAUUUAAUGCUGCAAGCCACAUCCGGAUUUAAACUGUCUUUAGAUCCCGUUGACAUGUCUCCCGAUACCCAUAAGGGUUGGCCGUUUAUCCAAAUUAAAAUGAUAAACGAUCUCGUUGCUGCUGCUAAUCGUAUGGGGAAUCCAGCACUGGCAACGAGACACGUGACCUUUCUACUCCAAACCAUGUACAACUAUUUGACCCCGAGCGAACGUAGAGAGACCGCUUUGCAGCUUCAGAAUGUCUCUCAGCAAUGCGAAGGUGCUCCCGUGCCUCUCGUUUUAGAUAGCGGAACGGUCAUACCACCUGCCAAUUUAACGAACAUUCCGAAAACGAAGUCGUUCGUUUUAAAGAAUAUGCAACCGCAUCUUCAGCCUCAAAAGAUCGAAAGGAUCAAGGAAGAUCAUGGUCCGUUUUUAUUCACGCCGAUUAAUUUUGGUUCCUUAGAGAGGAAGAACACGUCGAAGAGUAAAGUCGAUUAUCUGUGGGUGGAGGGUGACAUUUGCGAAGUAUCGAUGCAGCUGAUCAAUCCGCUUCCUUUCGAGUUGCACGUCUCCAAUAUGAGACUUCUCACGAACGGGGUCGUGUUCGAGUCAAUUCCGGAAAGUAUUACGCUUCCUGCCGAGUCAGGACCGAUUGCGGUAACGUUAGCAGGCAGGCCUAAAGAGGUCGGUGACCUGGAGAUCCUCGGUUUCAGUACUCAUACGUUAGGGGUGAAAUCGAACUGCAGAUUACGAUAUAUGGAGGGGAUGCCGCAUCCUCAGUACACCGUUGAGGUUGUCCCAGCUCUACCAAGAAUAGAGGUAGCUACGAGUUUACCUCAAACGGCGAGUUUCAGCACCGGCGACAACAUUGUUACUAGCGCGAGCACAUCGUUGUACGGUGGCGAAAGCGCCGAAUGCACCGUAACCAUUACAAAUAGCGGACAGGUUCCUAUCGAUACUAUCGAGUUGUCGGUGCAAUCCACGCUGGACACUAUCACGGAAAGCAAAAUCUUCAAAUGGAACGACGAAAGCUUGAGGAAGCAAUUACCUCUUCAGCCUGGGGUUAGCGCGAGUCUGACCUUGUACUUGCACGCCGCUACUGACUUUAUAGCACCUACGUCUCGCAAUGAUAUUACCAGCAGUACAUAUCUCAGUCAACCAAGCAGUUUAAUGUCUCAAUCCGGUCACAGCUCUUUACCAUCCAGAUUAAGUUCGCCGUCGCAUACGAAAAGACAGUCCGAGUUGACUUCUUCGUUCAGAUCGGGCUUCAGUUCUCAAUCUGGUCAUUCGUCUUUGCCAAGCUCGCGUUUAUCGAAGUUGGCCGUGCCGUUGCACGCGUCGAACGUUGUCGAGGGCCAGUUGAAGAUCAAAUAUUCCGGCGGGGCCGGCCUACAGGCCGGUUAUUGUCGCACCUCGUCCGUUUUUGUAACUAUAGAAAUGUUGCCCAGCGUGCAGAUCACAAACUGGGAUGUGCUUCCAGCGGAAACGCCGUCGCAAUUUUAUCUUGUACUAGACUUGACGAACAUGACCAAUCAUGAAAUGGAAUUGCACUAUACGCAAACGAAAUGUAUAUACAUGGAAGGCAAGGAGCCGUGUCGAAUUCCAGUACCGGUCGAUCGCUGUCCGCUCAACAAAUUGUCCAUGUUAAACGGGGCCGGCGACAUUGUAGAACUACAGAAAGUCUGUUCCGAACAUAUCGCCUCGUUGGUUGAUCUACAGUGGCAAUUAUUGGGUACCGACGCUGUCGGGAAAGCGUCCCUUUCUGGAAUCACGCUUACGCAAGACAUGCUGGAUCUCGUUCGAAUGAGUCCUUUGCAGUGGGAAAUCAAAAUAAACGAUGCGAUCGUGAAGGCGCAGGACGAGCUCACGUGCAAUUUAGGCGAAUGCGUGAACGUCGGCGUAGGGAUAUGCAAUGCAUUGGAACAUCCCUUGAGCGAUCUUAUACUGUCUAUAAACUUUUACCAAGACCAUCACAACGGGGUGAACAAUUAUCAACUGGAAACGAGGUUAUCCAUCGCUGGCGCGAAUAAAGUUAUGCUACCAGUCUUGCAGGAAUACGGAAGGAUCUAUCACGAAUGUCGCGUAGUGUUCUUCACGGCAGGUCAGUACAAAAUAGAUAUUCAAUGCAGCAGCACAGAAUCGGCAUCGAACACGCCGGUGCUUUGCUCAGAAUUAAUUAAUGCUGGUCACACGUGGCGUUACAUACCGUCGAUAGAAAUAACUGUCGACGAUUGUUAGCGUGUGCAUGGCAAACGAAUCCGCGAAUUUGUAAUAUUUGUAAAAAAAAGCAACAAAUAAAUGUACCUAUGCCUUGUUAUAAUUAACCGUGUAGAAUAUGUUACAGUAAUUGAUAACGAUGAAACUGAAGAAUAUUUUUAAUUUUUUAAAGGGUCAUUUACAAUAAGAAAUUUGUAUUUAGUCGUCGCUACGCGAAUCGCUUGCUAAAAAAAUUUACACUGAGAUCAUCUUAUAAAGUCUAGUUUCUGUAAUUUAAUUCUAUACGUCGACAAAAAAUAAUACUUUCCACAAUACAACGCUCGAGGUUACGAACUUAA